CCAGCAAGUGUGAAGUGAGAGGUCCUCCUUGGACACCCCUUACCCUUGGAGAAGGAAUUGAGCUCCCCCCCACAGGCUCUUCCCCAGGAGAGGACCCCCUCCUCCUUCCUCAUCAACCCCUCCGGGGGCAGGGAGCGUCUCCAUUGUGUACCCCUGCCCGUCAGGCCCAAGACAAGACAAGCUGAGAUGACCGUCAAGCUGGAUUUCGAGGAGUGUCUCAAGGACUCGCCCCGUUUCCGAGCCUCCAUCGAGCUGGUGGAAGCCGAGGUGUCAGAACUGGAGACCCGGCUGGAAAAGCUCCUCAAGCUGGGGAAUGGCCUUCUGGAAAGUGGGCGCCAUUACCUUGCCGCUGGCCGUACCUUCGUUGCGGGCAUUUGUGACCUGGCCCGCCUGGGUCCCCCAGAGCCCAUGAUGGCGGAGUGUCUGGACAAAUUCACUGAGAGCCUUAACCACAAGCUGGACAGCCACGCGGAGCUUCUAGAUACCACCCAGCACACGCUGCAGCAGCAAAUCCAGACCCUGGUCAAGGAGGGUCUCCGCGGGUUCCGAGAGGCUCGCCGGGAUUUCUGGAGGGGGGCUGAGAGUCUGGAGGCUGCUCUCAUCCACAACGCUGAGGUCCCCAGGCGCCGGGCCCAGGAGGCAGAAGAGGCGGGAGCUGCCUUGAAGACCGCCAGGGCCGGGUACCAGGGGCGAGCGCUGGAUUAUGCCCUCCAGAUCAACGUGAUUGAGGACAAGAGGAAGUUUGACAUCAUGGAGUUUGUGCUGCGUCUGGUGGAGGCCCAGGCUACCCAUUUCCAGCAGGGCCACGAGGAGCUGGGCCGGCUGGCCCGGUAUCGCCGGGAGCUGGGCGCCCAGUUGCACCAGCUGGUUCUGAAUUCCGCACGAGAGAGGAGGGACAUGGAGCAGAGGCACGUGCUGCUGAAGCAGAAGGAGCUCGGAGGGGAGGAGCCAGAGCCAAGCCUCAAGGAAGGGCCUGGCGGGCUGCUCAUGGAGGGCCACCUCUUCAAGCGCGCCAGCAACGCCUUCAAGACCUGGAGCAGACGCUGGUUCACUAUCCAGAGCAACCAGUUGGUUUACCAGAAGAAGUACAAGGACCCCGUGACUGUGGUGGUGGACGACCUUCGCCUCUGCACGGUGAAGCUCUGCCCGGACUCAGAGAGGCGGUUCUGCUUUGAGGUCGUGUCCCCCAGCAAGUCCUGCCUCCUGCAGGCUGACUCCGAGCGCCUCCUGCACCUGUGGGUCAGCGCCGUGCAGAGCAGCAUCGCCUCGGCCUUCAGCCAGGCCCGCCUGGAUGACAGCCCCCGGGGGCCCGGCCAGGGCUCGGGAUACCUGGCCGCGGGCUCCUCUGCUACCCUGGGCUGUGGCGGGAUGGCCCGGGGCAGGGAGCCUGGUGGAGUGGGGCAUGUGGCUGCCCAGGUGCAGGGCGUGGACGGCAAUGCCCAGUGCUGCGACUGCCGCGAGCCAGCCCCGGAAUGGGCCAGCAUCAACCUGGGUGUCACCCUCUGCAUCCAGUGCUCUGGCAUCCACAGGAGCCUCGGGGUUCAUUUCUCCAAAGUCCGGUCUCUGACCCUUGACUCGUGGGAGCCAGAGCUGGUGAAGCUUAUGUGUGAGCUGGGGAAUGUCGUCAUCAACCAGAUCUACGAGGCCCGCGUGGAGGCCAUGGCCGUGAAGAAGCCAGGGCCCAGCUGCUCCCGGCAGGAGAAGGAGGCCUGGAUUCAUGCCAAGUACGUGGAGAAGAAGUUCCUGACCAAGCUUCCUGAGAUUCGGGGACGAAGAGGCGGCCGGGGGCCCCCCAAGGGGCAGCCUCCUCUGCCCCCCAAGCCUUCUGUCAGGCCCCGGCCAGGGAGCGUCAAAUCCAGGCCAGAGCCCCCGUCUGAGGACCUGGGCAGCCUCCACCCUGGGGCCCUGCUGUUUCGAGCUGCUGGGCACCCUCCCUCCCUCCCCACCAUGGCUGACGCCCUCGCCCAUGGAGCUGAUGUGAACUGGGUGAAUGCCGGCCAGGAGAAUACCACUCCCUUGAUCCAGGCCACAGCUGCUAAUUCUCUUCUGGCCUGUGAGUUUCUCCUCCAGAAUGGGGCGAACGUGAACCAAGCGGACAACCACGGCCGGGGGCCGCUGCACCAUGCAACCAUUCUGGGCCACACGGGGCUGGCCUGUCUGUUCCUGAAACGAGGGGCCGAUCUGGGAGCUCGGGACUCGGAAGGCAAAGACCCUUUGACCAUCGCCAUGGAAACGGCCAACGCCGACAUCGUUACCUUGCUCCGCUUGGCGAAGAUGAGAGAGGUGGAAGCGGCCCAGGGCCAGGCAGGAGACGAGACGUAUCUGGACAUCUUCCGCGACUUCUCCCUCAUGGCGUCGGACGACCCGGAGAAGCUGAGCCGCCGCAGUCACGACCUCCACACGCUUUGAUCCCCGGCUCCCGCGGGCCCACACCCCCGACCCCGUCUCCCCCGACCCCCGCUGCCCCUGGGCCAUUAAAGCCUCCGCGCUGUG